GGACUUUUCGCUUUACCCUAAGACCAACCCAGAUCAGAUCACUCGGCGCUUUUUUCGUUUUUUGCCGUCUGUCCGGCUCCUUCGCCAAUGGCGGGUCUCUCGCUGCGCUGCGGCGAUUGCGGUACACUUUUUCGGAGUGUGGAGGAGGCUCAAGAACACGCGGAUCUCACCGCCCAUGCCAAUUUCUCCGAAUCUACCGAGGCCGUGCUCAAUCUCGUCUGCAGCACCUGCGGCAAGCCUUGCCGAUCCAAAACAGAGUCUGAUCUGCACACGAAGAGGACGGGGCACGUGGACUUCACCGACAAAACCCUGGAAGCCGCCAAACCGAUCGAGUUGGAGGCUUCCAAAGCACCAGCUGUUACUUCUGAGGACAAUGCCACCACCGCCGCUGCCGUUGCAUCUGACAGUGGGCAAUCGGAAGAGAUGAUUAUCCCAGAGGUGGAUAAGAAACUGCUUGAGGAACUCGAAUCAAUGGGAUUUCCCACUGCCCGAGCUACAAGAGCACUUCAUUAUUCUGGUAAUAGUAGCAUUGAGGCUGCAAUUAAUUGGGUUGCUGACCAUGAAGAUGACCCAGAUGUUGAUGAGAUGCCUUUGGUUUCCAUUAAUAGCUCUGAAGGAACCAGCAAGAAAUCUUUGACCUCAGAGGAACUUAAGGUGAAAGCAGAAGAGUUAAGAGAACGAGCCCGUAAGAAGAAGGAUGAAGAGGAGAGAAAGAUGGAAAGGGAAAGGGAGAAGGAGAGAAUACGUGUGGGUAAAGAGCUUCUAGCUGCUAAGCGAAUGGAGGAAGACAACGAAAGAAAAAGAAUAAUAGAAUUGCGAAAGGCUGAGAAGGAAGAGGAGAAAAGAGCAAGGGAGAAGAUACGCCAACGUUUGGAGGAGGAUAAGGCUGAAAGGAGGAGGAAGCUUGGAUUACCACCGGAAGAUCCUGCGGCCACAAAACCUACUACCAUACCCGCUGCGGAAGAGAAGAAGAGUGUAUUGCCGAUCAAGCCUGUAACAAAGUUGGAGCAAAUGAGAGACUGUCUGCGUUCUCUCAAGCAAAAUCACAAAGAGGAGGAUGCUAAGGUGAAGAGAGCAUUCCAAACACUCCUGACUUACGUAGGCAAUGUUGCAAGGAAUCCUAAUGAGGAAAAAUUCAGGAAGAUCCGAUUAAAUAACGCAACGUUUCAGGAUAGAGUUGGAAGUCUCCAUGGCGGUAUCGAGUUUCUUGAGCUAUGUGGGUUUGAAAAGCAGGAAGGUGGCGAGUUCUUGUUUCUUCCUAGAGACAAAGCGGACAUGGUUGUUCUGAACUCCGCCGGAUCCGAGCUGAACUCUGCCAUCACAAAUCCUUUCUUUGGAAUUCUGUAAGCUACUUGCAACGAAGAAUCUUUACUGUUUUACUGUUGAAGAGAACAAGCUGAAGUUGUAUUCGCGGACAUACUGAAAAAAAAACGUAAUUAUCAGCAAGUAUUUCGCAUUUCUCGUCAUAAAGCAUUUAAUGGUGCUGCUUCUUACAAUGUGGAGUUUCAGAAAGAAGGGGUUUUUAAGAAAUCCUUGCUACAAUUUGGAUAAAAUGUUUUUUAUUUGCGUAUCUGAAGAAGAAAAAUAUUCAUUGAUGUGCUAUACAUGUACUUAUACUAAAUUUAUUUUUGCUAAUCUGUAUUUUGCACUGUAAGAUUCAGAGGAUUAAGCAAAUUGGAUUCCUGCUUUUAACUGCUAA